CUAAAGCUCAGUUGGAGACGCGAUUUGACGAUCGACGGACGGGCGCGAUUCAAAGUUUCGAAAGUGAAAAUUUUAAGCGUAAAGUUUUAAAAUGAAUUGAAUUGAAUACAGCAUAUGUGUAUGCUAUAAAAUUUUUAUUCUACAUAUGUAUGUACAUACAAGUGUGUGUGCUAUUUGUGUGUGGGCAUUGUUUUCACCCGUUACUGGAAAAAAAUCAGAAAACCGCGAAUGUAAAACAAUAAAAAUGUUUAUCAGGGAUUAUUUUAUAUCUCUAAAGUCACGCUCUGAGCAUAUUUUUGAAAAAUGUAUACGUAUUGAAAAUGCGCAAAAAACCAAAAUUAACGCGCAAAUUCUCGAGUCAUAAUCAGAUGCACAGUAAUGUACUGACGCUUUAAUCUCUAACUCUAUCUUAAUAAAGGAAUCGGUCUCUUGUACAAUUUUCAUGGAAAGGAGUAUGCCUGAUAACAGCCGAGUAAUGGAUACCAGUGAACAUGAAUUGAGUGACAUUAUCGAGAUCAUAACGCCAGAAUUAGACGGCACCACGGCCACAGCGAAACCUUACCUGCAUGUUGUGGAGCAACCUACCCGGAAGCCUAUGCGAUUUCGCUAUAAAUGUGAAGGCCGUACUGCUGGAACCAUACCUGGUGAGAAUUCCUUUCAAGAGACGAAAACUUUUCCCACUGUUGAGAUCGUUGGUUAUUGCGGGGAAGCUUUAAUUCUCGUGUCGUGCGUCACAAAGGAUAAGCCUUAUAGACAACACCCUCAUCAGCUGGUAGGUAAGAAUUGCAAGAGUGGCGUAUGCACACGAAACGUUGGCCCCGGUCUGCCAUUGCGGGCGGAGUUCAGCAACGUCGGCAUACAAUGCGUGCGGAAAAAAGAAAUUGCUGAAUCCUUGGAGGAACGAAAAAAGAAAAAGGUCGAUCCGUUUAAGACUGGAUUUGAUCACAUUAGCGACCCGAAUUCAAUUGAACUGAAUUCUUUGCGGUUGUGCUUUCAAGGCUUUUUAAAAGGUGCCAAUGGCUGGGAGCCACUAAGCCCGGUGGUAUCGGAACCACUGUACGACCGAAAAGCAAAAAGUGAAUUGGUUAUAAGCCGCCUUUGCAGCUGUUCUGCGACAAUCGAGGGUGGACAAGAAAUAAUUUUGCUCUGCUCGAAAGUCAACAAGGAUGACAUCAAAGUUCGUUUUAAGGCAAUCGAUAACAAUCAAGAAGUGUGGCAUGCUUACGCCGAUUUCGAACCAUCCAAUGUACAUAAACAGACAGCUAUCGCUUUUCGCACACCGCGCUAUCCUCAGGCGGAUUUGCCAAAAACUGCCAAGCCAUAUAUUGAGUUGGAAUGCCCAAGCUUGGAUAAGAGAAGCGAAGCUUUGGAGUUCGUUUUUCAUGACCCAGGUAUGCUUUCUUUUGCGAGUAUGCGCCGGAAACUUAAGCGAAGGCCUGAUGUCGAUAUAUUUCAACAUAUUUUGUCCAUGGAUAGCGAGACAACGGCUACGAAAUACUCUUGCCCACCCACCGGUGUUGAUUUUGACUUCGAUGACAAUUACACCAUAUCGACAGAACGUACAGAGAGCACCGUCAGCAAGCAGCAUAGUUUAGAUACGCUCAAUGAAACCGAAAGUAUAGCCCGGCGCAAUAGAGAAAGUGUGACCGAUGACUGUGACAUGGACUUCGAAUGCACCAAUGGCAUUGAAGUAGAGUUGGAAGUGCCUGAAAUUAAGUACUCAGCGGCGGAUGCCGACACACAGACAUCCACACCCAUGAAUGAUGUGCUAAGGCAUCCAUCCUUGGUUGGAUCGCGUCCGUUGUCCGCAGUCGAUAAGAUCACUGAGUGGAUGCACUCUAGUGAGUUCGAACGUACGGACAGCCUGACUGUUGAAAACGGUGAUACAACUUCGUUGAGUCCAAUAACAGUGUACACCAAUGUCACCAGUUUAUCGACGAACCAUACGACCAUAUCGACCGCCACCGACGAAGACAAGACCUUCACAGACCACAUGGAACAAGAGCCUAAGCUCGAUGACAUGAGCAAUGAUCUGCAAUCUCGACGCGGCACAUUUGACAACCCUAUGCUACAAUGCUUGUCUCUUGGGGGCUCACCCAUUGGCGACAAUAAAUCUGUGGAAACAAUGGUUGAGAUAAUCACCACUAUUCCUAAAAAUACUAGCACUAGUACAUACGCCUCUGUGGAUGUAGGUGAAAGCUUCGAAGAGACGUCUACAUGUGACAGUUUGCAGAUCGCUUUCAGAAAUCCGCUCUCAAUGCCCAGUGGCGGAAAACAAGCCUCAGAGGUCAUCGUCAAUGACGAAUAUGGUUUGGUGGUGUUGAAAAACCCACCUGCCCCAAAAAUACGUGUAAAUGCCGUCCAAACGCCGCCCUCUCCCCCUUCGCCUCCCCUACCGCUACCACCGCGCACUCCUUCACCCGGCCCAGAUCGAAAGCUUCCUCCAUUGCCGCCCAAGCGCAAAACUACUCAGGAACUUAAUUCAAACUCACCGACCUCUUUCAGCUCCGUAGAACACUCACGCGCCAGUAGUAUUUCAUCACGUCCCCCAUCGCAAAUCAUUAUAAUGCGUACACCUGACCAAAGUCCAACUAAACGCCAACCCACACCAAACUCUUCACCCAAGAAACGUCAAGGUUUCUUCUCGCGACUCUUCUCGCGACGCAAAAGUAAAAGUGAAACAAAUACUGGUGACAAAACGUUGGCAAGCAAGUCACCGCCGAAAUGCUCAACACCCGCUGUUAGUCGCGAACCUAGUAUUGGCAAUUUUUCGAUCAGCGAUCCCAAUCGAUCUUCCCUGCGUUCUGUUAAAUCUCUACAACAACCUAACUCCGACUCUUUAGCUCCCUAUAACAAUAUUUCCGUUCAAAACGAAAGCAAUAAAAAUGGCAAGCCAGUAGGUCGUAGUGUAAGCAGCGUCUCUGGUAAGCGUCCUGCCCAUUUGAAUGCCGAUGUAAUACACAUACCACUUAAGGGCGAAAACGCUAAGAGUCUGCCCUCCCACGAAGGCAAAGCCUUCACUUUCGGUCAAUACUUGGACCGCAGAACGCUUAGUGCGCUUCAACUGGCCGAAAUACCCAUUUGCGAUGGAAACAUGGAGCUCGUAGCAAUUGCUGAUCGGCAGAGCUUAAAAAAUUUAUGUGAAGGUGAGUUCGGAGUUAUCCUCGGUCCAGAAGUAGACUUACAAGAAGCCGAACACUUCGCGCUGUACACAAGCAUACCACCCGAACGCCAAAUAACUGCCAAUAACUCAGAGAUCGAUUUAAAGCUGUGCGCAGGUGCAGGUACUGUGGACGACGGACAACCAUUGCUCACAGGCGACGAAAUCGCGCGACGACUAAACGAAGCGAACAGAAUGCCAGCCGAUUAAAAUGGAAAUGAAGGAAUAUUUUUCGUAUUAAGUAUUUCGAAACUUAGCGAUUUUUUGAGUAUGCAUACAUACAAACGAGUAUAUAUGAA